AUGAGGGUGAGGUCAGCUAAGUUCGUAAUUGUCAAAGACGAACUAUUCAAACGCGGCAUCUCCGCACCACUGCUCAAAUUCUUGACCACGCCUCAAGCUGCUUAUGUCAUUGAGGAGAUCCAUCGGGGAAUAUGUGGUCAACUCAAGUAUCUCCUGGUGGUAAUUGAUUACUUCACCAACUGGAUCGAGGCGUGCCCACUCGCCAAGAUCACCGCCGAGAAUGUGCAAAAAUUUACUUGGAAGAGCAUCAUAUGCAGGUUCGACAUCCCUUAUUCCCUCGUUACCGAUAACGGCAGGCAGUUCAUCGCACAAAGCUUUGAGGACUUCCUCUGUGAGCUCGGUAUCAAACACCUCCCGACCUCGGUGGAGCACCCCCAGACCAAUGGCAAAGCCGAAGCUGCCAACAAGGUGAUACUCCGAGAGCUCAAGAAACGGCUAGGGAAUGCCAAAGGAAAUGCCUUAUAG